AUGGCCGUCACCUACGAUGACGAACCCGCGCCGCCCUCGACGAAUGGUGCCGAGCAGAGCCAGCCUCUGAACCGCAUGCGAUGGGCCACAGUGCGCAAACCGGGGCGGAGAGGCACCAAUAAGCGGCGUUCCAUCUUCAAUCGAAAUGCCGCUCGUCUGAGCGGAUUGGGUGGCAAGCGCGAUUCUGGGGCCAUGGAUCCCGUGGAUGUUAAGGGUGAUGAAGUCGCCAACGACAAGGCUGCCGAGGGUCAGACGCACCGCACAGUCUAUGUCAAUCGCACCCUACCCGCUGAAGCACGCGACGAGCAGGGCAGUCCGUUGCAGACCUUCAAGCGAAACAAGAUUCGGACGGCAAAGUACACGCCCAUCAGUUUUGUACCGAAGAACUUGUGGUUCCAGUUGCACAACAUUGCCAACGUCUAUUUUAUCUUCAUUGUCAUCCUAGGAAUAUUCUCCAUUUUUGGUGUUCAGAACCCUGGUCUGGCCGCAGUACCCAUCAUUGUCAUUCUAACGAUUACUGCGAUCAAGGAUGCGAUAGAGGAUUGGCGGAGAACGGUUCUGGAUAACGAGCUGAACAAUGCCCCCGUACAUCGGUUGGUAGACUGGGAUAACGUCAAUGUCUCCGACGAGAAGAUCAGCUUGUGGCGUCAGUUCAAAAAGGCCACUACUCGUGGAAUUGUGUGGUUGUGGAGGCUAUGGAAGGAUCGCCAGGAACAGUACAAGAUGAAGAAAGGUAAAGGGCCGGUAAAUGUGGACCGCAAGGUGGAUGAGGCGCUUGAGCAAGACCCUCGGCGGGCCAGCACCCUGACUGCACGCCUUGACGACGAGGACCGAGCUCAUGGCUACGAAGACGACGAUGUUGAGAUGACUCCGGUGCCAUCCCCGACCCCAGGACAGCGGCCAGGCGAAUACCACGAUGAUCGAACGGAAAGUGCAGAGUUCCCAGACUCAGAAAGGGGCAACAUGCGCUCCACGCUUGAGGUUCCAACCCAAGGACCGGAUGGCAAACUCGAGAAGCUACCCAUACCGAAGAAGUUCCACGGCAGUUUGAUCAACCCGCACAGAGAAAGGAAAGAGAAGGCGCGUUUCAAGAGGGACUAUUGGAAGAAUGUGCGCGUGGGCGACUUUGUGCGCCUCUACAACGACGAGGAGGUUCCGUCAGAUAUCAUUGUUCUAUCGACCAGCGACAACGACGGAGCCUGCUAUAUUGAGACCAAGAACUUGGAUGGAGAGACUAACCUCAAAGUACGGACGGCGCUGUACUCUGGCCGUCAAGUGAAACGAGCACGUGACUGUGAGCAGGCAGAUUUCGUCCUGGAAAGCGAACCUCCACAUGCAAACCUGUACGCGUAUUCCGGUGCCGUAAGGUGGAAUCAAUAUGAUCCGAGGGAUCCUACCGCAGAGCCCAAGGAAAUGGCAGAACCUGUCGGUAUCAACAAUUUGCUGCUCCGUGGCUGCACCAUUCGCAACACAGAAUGGGUUCUCGGUGUCGUCGCAUUCACAGGCGAGGACACGAWGAUCAUGCUGAACUCUGGUAUCACUCCAUCAAAGCGRCCCAAGAUCAUGCGCGAUCUGAAUUGGAACGUGCUCUACAACUUCGUCCUCCUCUUCAUCAUGUGUCUUGUCGCUGCGAUCGUUUGUGGCGUUUCAUGGGCCCGCACCGACGAAUCCAUCGCCUACUUCGAUUAUGGGUCAUACGGAGACUCCCCUCCCCUCAAUGGUUUCAUCACUUUCUGGGCUGCUAUCAUCCUCUUCCAGAACUUGGUUCCGAUCUCCCUCUACAUUUCGCUCGAAAUUGUGCGCAGUGUGCAGGCCUUUUUCAUUUACUCCGACACGUACAUGUACUAUGAGAAGCUGGACUAUCCGUGCACGCCCAAGUCAUGGAACAUCUCUGAUGACCUGGGUCAGAUCGAGUACAUCUUCUCUGACAAGACUGGAACGCUGACACAAAACGUKAUGGAGUACAAGAAGUGCACGAUCAAUGGCCAUCCAUACGGAGAGGCGUACACUGAAGCGCUGGCCGGUAUGCAAAAGCGCAUGGGCAUCAACGUGGAGGAAGAGGGCGCAAAGGCCAAAGCACAGAUUGCCCAGGACCGCGUGGCCAUGAUCGAAGGGAUCCGCAAAAUGCACGAUAACCCCUAUCUGCGAGACGAUGACUUGACCUUUGUUUCUUCGCAAUUCAUUGCGGAUCUCGCUGGCGAAAGUGGUCCGGAACAACAAAAUGCAACCGAGCAAUUCAUGCUUGCUUUGGCGUUGUGCCACAGUGUCAUCACUGAGAGGACACCAGGCGACCCACCGCGCAUCGAGUUCAAGGCACAAAGUCCAGACGAGGCUGCGCUAGUAGCCACAGCGCGAGACGUGGGCUUCACUGUGAUCGGGCGAUCCAACGAUGGCAUAAUCGUCAAUUACCUGGGCGAAGAGCGAGAGUAUACAGUGCUGAACACACUUGAGUUUAACUCGACGAGAAAGCGAAUGAGUUCUAUUCUCCGCAUGCCGGACGGCAGGAUUCUGCUCUUUUGCAAGGGUGCCGAUAGUAUUAUCUACUCGCGAUUGAAAAGGGGUGAGCAGGCCGAGCUCCGGAAGUCCACGGCAGAGCACUUGGAAAUGUUCGCUCGUGAAGGCCUUCGUACGCUCUGUAUCGCACAGAGAGAAUUGUCCGAGGACGAGUACCAAAGAUGGAACAUUGAUCACGAAAUUGCUGCAGCUGCAGUACAAGACCGGGAGGACAAGCUGGAAGAGGUCGCUGAUCGUAUAGAACGUGAACUGACCUUGAUAGGCGGCACUGCUAUUGAGGACAAGCUCCAAGAUGGCGUCCCAGACUCCAUCGCGCUGCUUGCACAGGCUGGAAUCAAACUGUGGGUUCUCACGGGCGAUAAGGUCGAGACAGCCAUCAAUAUCGGCUUCUCCUGCAACCUGCUUGAUAAUGACAUGGACCUCAUUGUCCUCACGGCAAACGAGGACGACCACGAUGCGGCCGAAGUCGAGCUGGAUAGGCAGUUGGCUGUGUUUGGAAAGACUGGUUCUGAUGAGGAGCUCAAAGCUGCUCGGAAGAACCACGAGCCACCUGCACCCACGCAUGCGCUUGUCAUUGAUGGUGACACACUAAAGGUGGUGUUGGAUGAUCGAUUACGGCAGAAGUUCCUGUUGCUCUGCAAGGAGUGCAGAUCUGUGCUUUGCUGUCGUGUCAGCCCGUCGCAAAAGGCGGCAGUCGUUGCUCUGGUCAAACACACCCUCGACGUUAUGACGUUGUCCAUUGGUGAUGGUGCCAAUGAUGUUGCUAUGAUUCAAGAGGCUGACGUUGGAGUCGGCAUCGCUGGUGAGGAAGGCCGUGCAGCUGUGAUGAGUUCCGACUACGCCAUCGGUCAGUUCCGAUUCUUAACAAGGUUGUUACUGGUCCAUGGACGUUGGGAUUACAAACGAAUGGGCGAGUGUGUUGCCAACUUCUUCUACAAGGUACGCCUGCUCUUUCCCCAUACAACUGAAGAUCGCCGAGCUGACAAACUACAGAACAUCAUCUGGGUAUUCGCGCUGUUUUGGUAUCAGGUUUUUGCCAACUUUGAUUGUUCCUACGCCUUCGACUACACUUACAUUCUUCUCUUCAACCUGGCCUUCACCUCACUGCCAAUCAUUUUCCAAGGUAUCCUGGACCAAGACGUCGACGACAAGGUCUCUUUGGCAGUUCCCCAGCUCUACCGCCGUGGAAUCGAGCAGAAGGAGUGGACACAGGCUAAGUUCUGGUUAUACAUGGGCGAUGGGCUCUACCAGUCCGUCAUCUGCUUCUUCUUCACCUACCUCGAGUUUUAUAACGCCACCUUCACGACCGAGUCCGGCCGCAACACCAACGACUACAAGCGAUUGGGUGUCUACAUUGUUAACCCCAUUGUCGUGGUUGUCAAUGUCUACAUCCUCCUCAAYACUCUUCGCUGGGAUUGGUUCAUGUGUCUCAUCACAGCUAUUUCCAUCCUGCUGAUAUUCUUGUGGACUGGGGCCUAUACUGCCUUCACCGCUGGCUUUACCUUUUAUGGCGCGGCAACGGAGGUCUACGGCGCACUAUCGUUCUGGAGCGUUGGUCUACUCACAGUCAUAAUGUGUCUUCUACCACGGUUCUUUGCGAAGGCCUUUCAGAAGAUGUACUAUCCCUACGAUAUUGAUAUCGUCCGUGAGCAGGUCCGACAGGGCAAGUUCGACUACCUUAAAGACGUUGACCCGACGAAUGUCAGCUCCCAGCCGGAGAAGGCAGCGGAGUCUACCACAAGCUCCGAGAGUUCACACCAAUCGGCUAAGAAGCAACCCAACGACUUCGAAGGACGCCCAACCCUCGAUGAGGACCAGCGACCGAUCUACCCACCCUCUAUCGCCUAUACGAACGGGACACGCAAUCCACGAAGCCACAACGGCUCGGAUGGGACAGAAUACACUGGUCACGGCCGCGAUAACAGCCUCGACAGAGCGUUCCCUCCUAUAUACACCAAUCUGGGCAAUGGCACACAAACACAGUCGCAACCGACAUCUGCUGUGGUUCCCACGCCUACGAUAACGCGGGAUGAUUGGAAUCAUCCGGAGCAAGGCACAAUGCGUCCCAGCUUCGAUCAGACGCAAAGACCUGUUCGUCCGUCAUUUGACCGAUUACGCAGUAGUAUGGACCGUACUCGCUCAAGUUUCGAGGCCUCACGAGAUUUCACAUCUGCGGCGUUAUUGUCCCGGGUGGAGAGCAGUCAAAGCGGAGCAGGUGGGCGAACGGGGGAAUCGAGGCUCUCAUCAGACCUUGAAAGGAGUAGGAAGGAUAAUAGAUUAUAG